CGUUUAAACCGAGCUGGGUGCAGGCCUUGUAAUGGGAGGAGGAAGGAGAAGUCACAAAAUCUGCAAAUAUUCAGAAGUAGAGAAUCGCUUUUUCCUUUCGAAGAAUAAUAUUGUUACACAUAAUGAACAACAACUUCGUCUCAAUAUCAGUCAUACAAAUAUUGUGAAAUGUAGAGGUAUUUUAUUUGUCUGUUGUGCAAUGCAGUCUGUUACAACUCAGCUCUAUCGAUGUUGUACUGUAACGGUAAAACAGAAGAUGACUGGUGUACUGCAGAGUGCAGACCAAUGCAGCACCGCUCGAUUCCCAAUAAUAGCGGAAAACAGUUCAUCCACAUUUCUUGUCACUGUACCGAGAAGAAUCUGCGGCCCUCGGGCUGGAUACCAGCAACUCUCGGACAUAUGCCUGCAUUUGGUCAACUGUGGUUGGCUGAACACAUGCGUUGCACAGUUCCCAAUAAAAGGUCAAGUAAUAGUUUGGAAAAUAUUUACAAGUAUAAAAUAAAAUAUAAUGUCCAAAAACAGGUCAUAUAGAUAACAAUAACAUAAUUUCUCCCAAACUGUUGAGAAAGAAAAAUUGUAUAGAAUGUUUCUUUAUAAAUAUUUGAUGGAGAGUUGAAGAAAGGAAGUU